AUGGAGCUCGACACGAUACUGAACACGCGAUUAACAGCCUUCGCAGGAACAGGACCACACUUCGCCAUGCAGCACGCCAUGCAGCACGACCUCCAGCCGCAGCACUUUGGCGCGCCGCCCUACAUGACCAAUGGCCGCAUCAAGUCGGAGACGGGCUCGGAGCGCGGCGUCUCGCCCCAUCCGUCCGACUCGUCGCGCUACUCGUCGCAGCAGCCGCAGCAGCAGCUCCCCGCGUACCCGCAGAUGGCGCCCCAGCACAUGAGCGCCCUGCGCUACCCCUCGCCGUCGCAGAUGCAGGCCCCGAUGCCCAUGCUCAACAACAACAACUACAUCCCCAACCCGCCCGACCACGCCUACGCCCAGCAGCAGCAGCAGAUGGCCGACCAGCAGAACCAGCAGCACGGGGGCCGCCCCGCGUCCGACACGGGUCCGCCCAAGGCCUUCGCGUGUUCGACCUGCAGCAAGGGUUUCGCGCGACGCAGUGACCUCGCACGUCAUGAACGUAUCCACAGCGGCAUCCGACCGCACGUGUGCGACUACCCCAACUGCGGCAAGCAGUUUAUCCAGCGAUCUGCCCUGACGGUGCAUCAACGUGUCCACACUGGCGAGAAGCCCCACAUGUGCGAGCGCUGUGGCAAGCCCUUCAGUGACUCCAGCUCUCUGGCGCGACAUCGCCGCAUCCAUUCCGGAAAGCGGCCGUACAAGUGCCCAUAUGCCGACUGCCAGAAGACGUUUACGCGUCGUACCACAUUGACACGCCACCAAAACCACCACACUGGCACCGUCGAGGAAGCUGCCGCUGCCACUGCUGCUGCUCUCGCCUCGCGUGCCGCUGCACCAAGCAGGACAGGUCGCUCCGACGGCGGUGAAUAUUCCGAGACGGCCUCUCCCCUGAACACUCCGUCGCCAAAUGACCGGACAAUGUCGCUGUCGCCUGCUAACGGCAUGCCUGCCGGUGUCGUACCUGCAAUGCACCGCCAGGGCUCUGAUUACGCGUACAUGGGCAUGACAGUCCCUCCCCACAUGCGCCAAGAGAUGCCGCAACCCAGCCCACGUGCCUCGCCGGCUUUGGCCUCGCAGGCAUACAACCCCAACGUGGGCAGCUCGCGCCCGACAAUUACUUCGCACCCAAGCGCAUAUGGCCCGCCCCCGAUUCUAGAACCACCUGCGUCUGCGAACCACAACCAGACUGGCGGCACGAGCAGUGCUAACGGCAGCCCUCACAUGUCGGCCAUGGGCUGGCAGUCUCCCUCGCAACAGGCUCUUCCAUCCCCUGGAGGCGCUGACAAUGGUUACGUCUACCCGGAGCCUCAAUUUGGCAACUCCCAAAAUAGCAUGUACUAUCAGAACCACAACAUCCGUCGCCCCAACAGCACAGAGCCGGAUCACUACAAUCCCAACCAGCAGCGAAUGGGCAACGAGAUGUGGGCACCCGCGGUACAAUAG